UGGUCCUAAUUCCGUCCAUUCGGUUUACAGCAGACAGAGCAGCUACCCUGUCGUCAUGGUCCCUCCAGCAUCCCGUGUCGCCAUCGCCAUCCUGUGGCUGUCCCACGUAUUCCUAACGGCUCGUGGGCUGGUACACCACUAUAGUGACUUCCUGCCACCCCCUACCAGCUGGUACAACCUGUGGCUACCGAGGCCGACCGAUGAUCUUCUACUUCUGCACAUACAACAGCCCCCUGCACAGGGCCGCUACCAGCACAGCAGGGCUCUGUCCAGGCGCAGGCAUUUCGGCUACUCGAGGCAUAACGGCCCCGAUGCGUGGCCUCUAGAAUAUCCAAAAUGCAACGGUGAACGACAGUCACCUAUCAAUCUGGAGUCGGAUGAGAUGUAUCGACUAGUGGUGGCGGAUCGACUCCAAUGGCACGGGUACUGGGAUCGACCCCGGAAUCUCACCCUCACAAACAACGGACAUACAAUUCAAGUUUCGGGCAAUUGGGAAACAGCGCCGACUAUAUCAGGCGGACCCCUCGAGAGUGAAUACUCAUUUUCUCAACUGCAUUUCCACUGGGGCUCCAAUGACAAGAUAGGAAGCGAACACACAGUCGGCAAUGUCAGUUUUCCAAUGGAGAUGCACUUGGUUCAUUACAAGAAGGCGUACGGGAGCCAAGACGAAGCUGUUAAGUACGAGGACGGUCUGGCCGUGGUCUCCUUCCUCUUCCAGCUGAGUGAGUGGCCGAACCCUGGACUUAACGCCAUCAUCCCAUUCUUGGACGCGAUGGUGGGGGCCGAAUUGGAAGUGACCCUAGUGCGUCCGUUCCCUCUAGAAAUUCUAGACGUCUCGUUCCCCUCGGAGUACGUCACGUACCUGGGGUCCCUCACGACCCCGCCGUGCAGCGAGGUCGUCACUUGGAUCGUGUCUUCACGUCCGCUCACCUUAUCUCACGAACAGCUCGCCAAAUUCCGGUACCUGAGCUCAGCAGACGGUGAGCUGGAGAACAACUUCAGGCCUGUGCAGCCAACCAACGGGCGACCUGUGUUCUACGUGACCUGAGAUAAAGCGGCCAAAUGCUGCUUGGUGUUCUAAUUUAUUUGUACUCACACUUGGUAGUAACGAAGAGAAAAUAUAUUUUACGUGUAUUUACUUAGUCUUUGAAGCCCUUUUAGAUGACUGUUGUAUGUACAAGAUUCGAAACCUUUCGUACAAUGAGAUUUUACUUUCAAAUGAUUGAACGCUGCUUGUAAUAAUUACUGAAGCUCUGUGGUCAAUCAUUCGCUUGAAUGGGAUGAUAUUUGAUCUAUUUUCAAUAUGAUGUUGCAGUAAAGAUAAACACGGUCACAGAUUCGACUAAAAACCUUCAUUCUCACUGCGUCAAAUAUUUCAAUGUAACGUUUUAAGUGCCUACGUUUGACGGAUUUGGUUCCUAAAAACUUCAACUCAUUCAUAUUCUGCGAUGGAUUGUAAGAGCUUUGUCUCUUGUACUGUACAUAGUCAAAUCGAAAUAUUUGUAAGUUAUAAUCUAUGUUAAUAGAUACAAAAUGUUGUUAUGUU